CAUGAAUGUCAUUUCAUCUCUGAAGAUGUCUGCACUCAGAAGUCUUGUCUUAUCUCUUUGCUUAAUAUCCCCAGUACAAACUAUGGAUCUUUCCGGAAUAUCAAUUCUCACUGUGAAGUUUGGAGAAAGAGUUUCUCUUAACUGCCCGUUUGUGAAGGCUAAUAGUAUAGAUCGGGUGCUUUGGUUUAAACAAAUGAUUGGAGCGAUGCCUCAAAAAGUGGGAGAAAGAGCAACAUAUAAAGAAAUCAAAAUUUCCCCCGAGUUUGAGACGUCGGGAUUUUUAAUAGAGACGAUCGAUAAUGCCGUUUCUCUGACAAUUCCACGAAUUAAAAGAGAAGAUGGAGGACUUUACUUCUGUGGGAUAUUAAGCUGGGUGAAUUUUACACUUUCUAAUGGAACUUUCCUGGCUGUAACAGAUGACAGAGAUGUAAAAGUGUCGGUGUUGCAGCACGGCAUGUCGGACUCGGUUCCUGCAGGAGCCUCAGUCACUCUGCAGUGCUCGGUUCUCUCUGAGAGCAGAGCAGCAGAACUCCAAGUGCUCUGGUUCAGAGCUGCUCCACCACAAUCCCAUCCUCAAAUCAUUUACACUCAUCACAACAGCAGCCAUCAGUGUGAGAGCGGCUCUUCUACACACACCUGUGUGUACAACUUCACCAAGAACAUCCUCAGCCUCAGUGAUACUGGAACUUACUACUGCGCUGUGGCCCUGUGUGGGAAGAUCGUAAUUGGGAAUGGGACACCAGUACAGCUGAAGAACUCUGCAACAGCUUAUAAUCCUGUGGUGAUCUGUCUGGGAACAGCGUUGGUAAUGUGUGGGAUUCUGAUCUCUGUUCAAACUGUUUUACUCUGUAAAAGGAAAAACUGUCAACAACACAACACAGAGAGAAGACAACAUGGUGCUAUUACAAACACUAAGAAAACGAACACGCAGGACUGUGACACUGUGGAGCUGAAUUAUGCUGCUUUAAACUUUACAGAAAGAAAAAGUAAACGAGUGAGAGAAAAUCAAGCUCAAUUUCACAAAAGUGUAUACUCCGAAAUGAAAUCUUCCACAGUUAAUUAAAAUAUUUUCUACAUAUAUAUGUAGAAAUGUAAUAGAAUUUGUAUUCUUUAUUUUUUUUUCCUGUUCAUGAAUAAUAUUGCUUUACUU